UGAGUACUCCUCGCCUCCAUGGUCUUCUGGAUGUGAUGGUGUCCAACAGCAACGCAGUUGCCUGGGCGGAGAUUCUCCAGCUGCGGGCGAACAAGAGCCGCAUGGCUGCUGAGCUACUUUGGAGGUACCACCAACAACGAGGCCAAGUGCGGCCCGAAUGGGCCCAGCUGCAACGUUUGGUGGAGACCACCCAGUUCUACAGCCUGAAAGACCGCAUCCGAUAUUUACGACUAUCGCAGGAGCGCAAGAGCGGGGCCGACGAAAGAAACACCUUGGCGCUGCGGCUGAGCUCGGCGGAGAAGCUGCAGCUGCCUCUCUUCCAUGAGCUGCAAGAGGUCGCAAGUGAAACAAGCCAUGAAGAAAGGCGGAUGGCAGCAAAGAAGUGCUGCCACGAUCUGAAUCAGCUGCAAUCAAUCCGAGAGCUAUUUGAGGUGGCGGGUGACUUUGGGCUGGGGCAUCUUCAGCUAGCGAUUGCGGGCUUCUCAGGUGCAAAGAUGGCUCAUGAUGUGGUAGCAACUUUGUGGGUGAGCUUGCUUUUUCCGCGUACAGAAAGCUUGUACAGCGAAAAGCAGGCGCCAUCUUCUCCCAGGGAACUCUUUCCACUCUUGAUGCUGCGACCACACCAAGAGUUCUUCCUGUCCAAGCAGGAAGUGGCACCGGCAAAACCGAUCGCUCGGCCCGAGCCAAAGUUGCUGCGAUGGAGGAUGCUGACCUUCCUGCGCGAGCUCAGGGAGGUGGCACCAGACAAUCAUACCCUCUGGGAAGCGAGGUGUGUGGGAACACUCUUGGAGUUCAGCAACUGUCUGUGGCUUCAAAACUGUUCCCCAGAGGCUCCGCAAUCGCCUGGCUUUGGACGAGAAGGUGACGCGUCUGCUGGGUCACCCUUGAUCAAUGAGACUUGCUUGUGGGUGGCAACGGAGGUUUUGUCCCAGGAGCCCUUCAACAUGUCCUUAGCCGACUUGGUCACCUUCUACGCAGAGAUGAUUUCAAACCUCCACGUUUGGCACAAGCAGCUGCAGGAAAUUGUCCCAGCCUACCUCAGAGCGAAACCUUGGCUUUGGCCAUCGGAAGAGGACGUUCACCUCCAUCUAUCGCAAGUUGCCACUGUGGUGCUAGCGGGCUGGCUGCGGGAGGCUGAGAGGCUGUGCAACAGCUCUGGCUUUGAGAAAGAGAAGGCGGAGCAUCACUUUGCCCAGGUUUGGCGGCGAUCGGCGGAUGGCCUACUCGCAGGCUUGUACCUUCGCUUGAAUGGUUCGAAGCAUGCGACAGCCCAACGUCUCCUGGUUGAGGUUCUUCGCCUGGAGAAAUCCUGUCGACUGCUUCUCGAACAAGUGGUGUACCUAGGCCCUGAGACCUAAGGCAUGUCCUCUGGUCAGAGAUGCGCGUCAUGGGGGUAUCCAAAA